AUGCUUUCCAUUCUUGUCAUUCUACUUCUCCUUCGUCAUAUACAUGCCAUCGAUCCAUACCAAAAAUUUGCUCAAAUCAACCUCCCUCCUGGAGGACCUAUAGGUCCCGAAUCAGUUGCUUUGGAUCGAUUCAACCAAGGACCCUAUAUCGGUGUUAGUGAUGGCAGAAUUCUGAAAUACCAAGGUCCAACUACUGGCUUUGUCGAUUUUGCUUUUGUUGCACCAAAUAGGAACAAGCAGCUUUGUGAUGGUGCAACGGACCCAGAUUUGGGGCCAACUUGUGGUCGAAUUCUUGGAGCUAGUUUCGAUCCUUUUAGUGGACAACUCUAUAUGGUGGACACAUUCUUCGGACUUGCUGUGGUAGGUCCAAAUGGUGGGAAAGCUACAAUAAUUGCUAACAGUGCAAAUGGUGUCAAAUUCAAUUUCCUCAAUGGCUGUGAUGUUAGUCCAAUUACAAGGGAGGUCAUCUUUACAGAUGGAAGUCAAACAUUUGACAUAAGGGAUGUUAUACGAGGAAACUUUACUCCUGAUUCAAGUGGAAGAUUGAUCAAAUACAUUCCCAGGACAAAUGAGGUGAAGGUGGUGUCGGACGGGCUUUCAGUACCAGCUGGACCUGCAUUUAGCCAUGAUGGCUCAUUUGUGCUGUUUUCAGAAUUCUCCAACAAAAGAAUCAUCAAGUAUCGGCUCAUAGAAGAUACAACUGAAGUUUUUCUGAACUUAACAGCAAAUCCAAUCAAAAUCAAGAGGGCACCAACAUAUGGAGAAUAUUGGGUGGCUGCAAAUAACAUUAUUGUUUCCCAGCCACGCUCGGUUACGCCUUUUGGUUACAAAUUUAAUUUACUUAAACAAAUUCUGAUAACAAAGAAUUUGCAAGCACAAUAUAACAACACUCAAGUCAAUGUGCUACAAGAAUAUAAUGUCAACGGAGGGACAUUAUACAUCGGUUCACGGGUUGCACCAUAUGUUGGCGUGUUUAAUAAAUGGUAA